CUCUAUCUAAGAUUUCUUUCAUGGGAAUGGCUAUUGGCAAGGAUAUAUCAUUGAGAGGGUGGAUACAAGCCAGAUUUAAAAACUUAAGUGAUUCAUCGACUUCCAAGGCUUAUCCAGAAUUGCCAUCCUUUCUGGAAAAGAUUUUUAAUCCCAUUUUGGAAGCUUCAGAAAGAUUAGAGCUUAAAGACCACAGGGAGGAUAAAGUUGACCCUUCAAAAUUUAAUAAUCAUCGCUAUUUGGCUGAUAAGAUCCCUGUCCAAUAUGGAAUUGCUGCUGAGAAACCUGAUGCAUCUUCCACUGACAUGCAUUGUGAGGAUAAAAGUGCUACCAGAGAAGUUGCAGGCCAAAUGGCAGAAUUUGCAAGAUUAAGAUUUCCGGUGGGUUCAAAUUUGCAGCCCAUGAAAAAGGUUCAAAGUCAUUUAACUGAACGGUCCAUGUCAGCAAAAAGUUUAGAGAUGGGUGACUUGGAAGAUUCUAGCUUAGAAAGGAAUUCUAACGAGGACUUGUUGAGCAGGCAACACCUAUCUGCAAUUAAUAGCAAGCAAUCAGACUAUGAAAAUGACGAUACUCAUAAUAAAGUUCGUGGUGGUGAAGCUGCAAAAAGAUCAGAUACUUAA